AUGAACAGCUUUCUCUAGGGUUAUUAGAGCACUGAGCACCUUUAAGGAGUGUAGAAAUCUGUGAAAGGAGGAGUUGGGGAAAAGGACACCGCUCCUUUUAGAGUCUGUGUAACAGAACUGAUAAGCUAUUCCUGUGAUGUGAUCGAAUGUGACUGAAUACUGCAGGCUCUUGGACUCUUAUUCUAUAAAAUCCACAGCAGAGCAGCGCAGCAAAAGCUCGGAGGGAACAGCUUCUGCUGUACUGAGAAAGAUGCUGGAGAGCUCUUCAGUCCCUUUGUUCAUUGUCUUCCUCCUGCUUUUCAUUUUGCUGCUCUUUGUGGUGCUCAUCAGGAAAAACGGCACUGCUGCCCUUAUCUGGAAUGAAAUAAUCCGGGAGAAAAUAACCAAUUUCAUCAUGAAUCAGAGCAAAGAACAGAGGAUUUUAAAUUUUGUGCUGCAGAAUGCAGUCCGAGGAGACCCCUGUAGUGUGCUGGACGCUAUAGAUAAGUACUGCUCCCAGAAAGAGUGGGCCAUGAAUGUGGGCAAUGAGAAAGGUUUAAUUCUAGACAAGACAGUGGAAGAGGUCAAUCCAUCAGUUGCACUGGAGCUGGGAACCUACUGUGGCUACUCAGCAGUUAGGAUUGCUCGGCUACUGAAGGCAGGAGCUCAUCUUCUGACUGUGGAAUUCAACCCAGAAUUUGCUGCUAUAGCUAAACAAAUGAUUGAGUUUGCAGGAGUACAAGAUAAGGUAAAACUCCUAGAAGGCCCUUCAGAGGAAAUUAUCCCCCAGCUGAAGAAAAAGUAUGAAGUGGAUACUCUGGAUUUUGUCUUCCUGGACCACUGGAAGGAUAGAUACACACCAGACACCAUCCUGCUUCAGGAAUGCAACUUGCUGAGGAAGGGCUCGGUUCUUCUGGCUGACAAUAUCAUCGUCCCAGGAGCUCCAGAAUUCCUUAACUAUAUCCGCAACAACCCCCGUUUCCAAUGUACUAACUACCCAUCUCAUCUGGAAUAUAUGAAAGUGGACGAUGCAAUGGAAAAGGCGGUGUUUUUGGGAUAAAGAGAGCCAUUAAUACUCAACCUUUGUUUCAAAUGACAUAAAUGCAACUGCACAGGUUAACUGGUACAUGCUUUAAAUUUUGUUUUGUUUUGUUUUUUUAUUUUGGAGCCUGUAAUUAAAGCAAGCGCUAGUGGAGAUCAUUUUAGACCAGGUGGAAACCAAGAUUGGGAGUAAGUAGGGUAACUACUCAAAGGUCUCUUCCAUUGUUUCACAUAAUUCAGCAAACCCAAGGUGAUGCACAUCACCUUGCCUUGACCAACACAUUGUUGAACAACAUAGUCUCUUAUUUUGAGCUCAAACCUGAACAAUCACAGUUUGAGCUUAGGGUAAGGUGGAGAAAGUUGCUGCAACUUCUGAAGACUUGUGUCCCC